AUGCAGUCGGGACGGCAGGACACUUUGGAAGCGCGAUAUGCUAUAAAAUUUUGCGUCAAACUCGGAAAGAACGCUACGCAGACUUAUGAACAGCUUCAGACUGCUUAUGGAUUAACUUGCAUUAGCAGAGCAUCCGUGUUUCGUUGGCACAAAAAGUUAAAGGGCGGCAAAGUGUCUGUGAGAGACGAUGAGAGGUGUGGGAGGGUGAGGGAAGUCAGAACACAGGAGCUGGUGGGGAAAAUUCGUACUUUUAUGGAUGAGGACCGUCGAGUGUCAAUAGAGACAAUAAGUGAACAGUUUCAAGUCAUUGUGGGAACUGUGCACAAAAUGAUUCAAGAUGAAAUGAACAAACGAAAGAUUUGUCCCAAGGGUACUCAGUGA